AUGCCCAAAGGAAGACGAAAGGUUGAUAGACUGGCUGUCGCACAAGCCAAAAGCUAUAUUCAGGGAGUGAAUCAAGAAAAAGACCAACAUCACUGCUUCAUAUAUCUUACCGAGUCUACUUUUGAUAAGAAGGAUACUCAGGACGUUUACAAGGUUUGUGAAUUUGCCAUUAAAGGACUUCCUGCAGGUACUAACUAUGAAAAGUGGAUUUCAAAAUUGCUUAUUAAAGCUGACAUUAUCAAGGAUAUAAGAAGGGCGAAGCAUAUGUUCACACACUAUGACCUCAUGAACAUUCACAAUUUCAGCAUCUUCUAGUGUGAAAGAUAUUAAAUAAUUAACUUCCUCCGGGUCUCCCAGCAUGUCAUUGAGCCACUGAUCUAUGGCAUCUAUAUCCUAA